AUGGUGGUGAGAAGGGGAUAUCUUCAACAUCCGAGUCCCGAAACCACCGGCAAUGACGAACCUGGAGUUGAGCGGGGCGUCAGGGGCUUUAGAUCGCUUCUCGUUGUUCUAGCAGUCUUAUCUUCAACUUUCCUUUAUGCGCUCGACAAUACCGUUACAGCAAAUGCACGGCCUAGCAUGAUUGAAACCUUUGGCAACCGGUUUGACAUGCUUCCAUGGCUUUCCGUCUCAUAUCUUAUGGGAGAGGUGGGCAUGAAUCCUGUGGUCCGGGUAAGCUCUACAAGCUUUUUAAUCAUAUUUGAGAUCGGCUCCGCAGUCAUCGGCUCCGCACAGUCGAUCGAGGCCGUUAUCGCCGGUCGAGCCAUUGCCGGCAGCGGCGGAUCCGGGAUUUACGUCGGCACUAUAAAAAUCAUCUCGGAUAUGACUAUGGAAGCCGAAAGGGCAACAUACUUGAACUAUGUCGGUAUGUGCUGGUGCCUUGGGACCAUCCUCGGUUCUGUCAUUGGCGGUACAUUUGCCGACUCAUCGGCUACUUGGCGAUGGGCCUUUUAUAUCAACAUCUGCAUCGCUGCAGUUGCCGCGCCGGCGUGUAUUUUCCUCGUCCCAUCAUCUCCUUCUCGUGCUACAGGAUCCUCAUAG